CGAUGAGCAACCAGCAGCAGCAGCCGCGCCUCCACCACCUGAAAUCGACCUCCCAGGUCCUCCGCCAAGCCUCCUCCUCCUUCGCCUCCAACCUCCCCACCUUCCUCUUCCUCUCCCUCCUCAUCUUCUCCUUCCGCUCCCUCGUCGAAAAUGGCUCCCUCCUCCUCACCUCCUUCCUCGACCGCGACCCUUCCCUCAAGUCCCUCCUCUCCCGUCUCGACCUCGCCGCCGCCUCCUCCCUUGACUCUCCCCUCCCCCGCCGCCGCCGCCCCUUCCUCCACCUCACCCGCGUCGGCACCCUCGACGACGACUUCUUCUCCGGCGACGACGACCACGACUCCCGCUCCGGCCGGCUCUUCUCCUCCCACCCCCAAGCCCCCAUCUUCAUCUUCUCCCGCUCCUCCACGCUAGGGUUUAACUCCUCCCGAAUUUCAAGCAUCGAGCAUAGAGAUAGAAUCAAGGACGACGAGUAUGAAAAUCAAGAUUCCGGCGAAGAACAAGAACAAGAACAAGAUGACGACAAUUCAGAUUCCGAAACGGAGAAUCCGAUUCUGGGUUUCCAAUUCUUCAUCAAAGGAUUGGAGCUGGGCCAGCGUGACGUGGCGGCGCUGUUCUUCCUCGUGAGCUUCUUAUCUGCGGCCUACGGCUGGGUCAUACUAGGGUUUCUAGUCACGUAUUCUUGGGUGCUGGGCAUUGUGUUCACUACUGUUGUUAAUGAUCUCAUAGGGAGGUUCACUUCGUUCAUUGGCUUGGUCUGGGACGGUUCUAGAUUAGGCGUCAAGAGAUUAUCCGGCUUCAUUUUAAUGAGGUGGGCCGUAAGAGACGCCUUCACUCAGCUUCUCGGAUGGUGGUACUUCGCUGAGAUUGAGGAUCAGUACUCGUUUUUUAAGCUCUUUAUUAGGUUCAAGUUGAUGCCUUUCUCUGUAAUGCCGCCCUGGAUUCGGGGCUUCGACAAGGAGCUGGCCGGGUUUCUGUUCAUGUGGAUGUUUGUGGACACUGUCGUGGCGUUUGUGUUGGCUGUGGAUGCGUGGGUUGCGAUUGUGGACUCGAGGAAGAGUGGGAAGGAGAUUGUGAAAGAGGGUUUGCAGCUGGUGGGAUCCAUGUUUAGUCAGGCUGUGAAGAUUAAGUGCUUGGAGGUUAUAUUUUGCGGGACGUUUCUCAAGUGGGGGCUGACUAGUGUUUUUGGGAAGUCGUUUGGUAAGGCCUUUCAGGCGACGGUGGAGGUUUACUUUAUGGUGGCGUGGCUGGUGUUUUACUUUGCCGCGAGGGCGCAGUGUAGGGAUGCUAGCUCACAGGGGGAUAGAAUUGGAGCACUACAUUGAGGGGCGUUGAUCAGAGGAUGGUUCCUAUUGCAGGGUUCAAUCGUAAGCACGACAUUAAUUCAGUGCUCUGUGUGUACCCGUUUUAGGAUUUUCCUGAUAUUCAGCACUCCCAUUGUUUGGUGUGGUUGCUAGACAGUGUUGUUGUAUGUUCUUUACCGCAAGGCAAUAUACUGCUUGUGUAUUUCUUGCACAAGAAUCUUUCAUGUGUAAAUGGUGUGGCAUUCAUUGUUUCCAUUUCCUGCAGUACAUGUGAUGGUCAGGAUGUAAGAAACCAGAGUCGUCAUUGUAUUAUAAUAGUAGUCAAGACUUCAUUUUUUUUUUCACUCAUUGUCUUGUAUUUCAUGCCUUCUCUCUUAUGUUGGUAAAGGAUGUUUUAUAGAAUUUCUAAAAAGACCCGAGUUGACCUUCUAAGUGUCAAAUGAGGUAUGUACUGUGUACGAAUGUAAGAUAAACUAGAUGAUAAAUGUGAUAACCAGUUGGGGAGUCUAUUGUUCUGCAUUCUUUAGACAAUCUUGGCCAAAUAUAUGAUAAAUGUAGGGUUAUCAUGCUAUAACAACCACAGCGGUGUAUACAACGGAUUCUGUCAUAUUCUUCUGAUAUGGUUUUCCCACCAUUUUUGGUGACUGUUGAGACCAACUAGUAGAAGUUCUGUAUGAGAGAAUUGCUAGAUAGAUACAUGUUUCCUUGAAGGAGCUCACUGUUAGUUUAUUGAGUGCUCGCCUCACCUUAAGUAGCAUUUUAAUUUUGGAGAUCUACAUAACAUGCAUAAUUUCAGUUGUGAGAUUCUCUUAAAAUACACUUGAGUGGCCACAUUAGUGGAUAUAUGAGUUCCCUCGGUUGUUAUCUGUCUAGGGUUUGUGACUUUUUGGAUGUAUUCUGGGAAUGAUACUUUUGAAACUGCAAUUGUUGUGUGGAUUACAUUGCCAGGCUACAUUCAUAAUCUGGAAGCUAGAGAUGAUUUUGUUUUCGUCUUUUGUUCUGACAAUUCUGACAGUUACUGUAGAUCAGGACCCUUGAGUUUAGUGACAAGUUCAUUGUAUCACCCCCUAACUUCUUCCAACUGUGAGGUUUUGUGGCAUUUUGUUCAGGCAACCCAAGACUAUGAAAAUGUGGUCCAAGCUGCUCAGAAACUGCAAAUGACCAAGUUAUACCAUGGAGAGUGUAAUGUUAGAUAUUGGUUAGCACUUUGUGUAGAAAAAGUGGUGCUGAUUCGAUAUGCUUGUGUCCUCUUUGCAAUUUUUUUCAUCAACGAAUGAGUAUUAUUGAAUAUUUUAGAAGAAGCCAAGUUGAAAGUCUGCUGAACUAUUUAAGCAAUUAGACAGCUCCUAUGCAUUCUUGGUACAUAGCAUGUCCAUUCUAGUCAAAUGAUGUAAACAUGGUUCUUUGAUGAUAUGGUAGCCUUGGUUUCCUGUGUAAUUGAUUUUGGGCAUCUGUUAAAUUGAAACUGGGAGUUAUGUUGGA